CGCCGCGGCUGCGGGGAACCGCCAGGAUGAAGCUGGUGAGGAAGGACCUGGAGAAGGAUAAUGCGGGGCAGGUGACGCUGAUCCCCGAGGAGCCCGAGGACAUGUGGCACACCUACAACCUGCUGCAGGUGGGUGACAGCCUGCGGGCCUCCACCAUCCGGAAGGUGCAGACCGAGUCGGCCACGGGCAGCGUGGGCAGCAACCGCAUCCGCACCACUCUCACCCUCUGCGUGGAGGCCAUCGACUUCGACUCGCAGGCCUGCCAGCUGCGGGUCAAGGGCACUAACAUCCAAGAGAAUGAGUACGUCAAGAUGGGGGCCUACCACACCAUCGAGCUGGAGCCCAACCGGCAGUUCACUCUGGCAAAGAAGCAGUGGGACAGCGUGGUGCUGGAGCGCAUCGAGCAGGCCUGCGACCCGGCCUGGAGCGCCGAUGUGGCAGCAGUGGUCAUGCAGGAGGGGCUGGCUCACGUCUGCCUGGUCACUCCGAGCAUGACGCUGACCCGUGCCAAGGUGGAGGUGAACAUCCCCCGCAAGCGGAAGGGGAACUGCAGCCAGCACGACCGGGCGCUGGAGAGGUUUUACGAGCAGGUGGUGCAAGCCAUCCAGCGGCAUAUCAACUUUGAGGUGGUGAAGUGCGUGCUGGUCGCUAGCCCGGGCUUCGUACGGGAGCAGUUUUGUGACUACAUGUUCCAGCAGGCGGUCAAGACUGACAACAAGCUUCUCCUGGAGAACAGGUCCAAGUUCCUACAGGUCCACUCUUCCUCGGGACAUAAAUAUGCAUUGAAGGAAGCCCUCUGCGACCCAGCUGUAGCUAGCCGUCUCUCUGACACUAAGGCAGCUGGUGAGGUCAAAGCCUUAGAUGACUUCUAUAAAAUGCUGCAGCAUGAGCCUGACCGGGCUUUUUAUGGUCUAAAACAUGUGGAGAAGGCCAAUGAAGCCAUGGCCAUCGAUACCUUGCUGAUCAGCGAUGAGCUUUUCCGGCACCAGGAUGUGGCUACACGUGCCCGAUAUGUUAAAUUGGUAGAUAGCGUGCGGGAGAACAUGGGCACAGUACGCAUUUUCUCCAGCCUUCAUGUGUCUGGAGAGCAGCUUGGCCAGCUGACAGGAGUGGCGGCCAUCCUGCGCUUUCCUGUUGCUGAGCUCUCUGACCAGGAAGAUGAGUCUAGCUCUGAAGAGGAUUGAUAAGAGUGACUUCAUUCCAGAGUUUAUUUUCCGGGUCACGUUGAAAUGACAUUAAAGGCCCUCCCUUCCUAAAUACUGUGUGCAGAUGUGCCAUGACGUGUAAUUUAAGUUUUGAUACUGUUUCUUACAACAUAUGGCUCUGCUCACUAAUGGGUAUCUGUUCUAUGGUAAUGAUUAUUGGUAUACUGUGCAUUGGAGCUGACUGGUUUUUCAAGUUACAACCUGGACCUCCAGCAGUUCAAGAAACUAAUUUAACUCCCUGAUGCUCAUUCAGCAUGUUGAGGCAGACUGGCAGCUGUUUUAAAAUGUGUAUGAAAAGAUAAUAAACUAAGA